AUUUAUUCUUUUUGUAUUAUAUAAUUUUUAUUUUAUAUAUUCUCUUUAAGUAAGGAGAAUAUUAUAUUUAGGCUUUUUUUAUUUUAUGUAAUAUAGCUAUGUCAUAAAAAUGAUGUUUUUAAUUUUAAUCACCGAUAAAUAUUUGAAUCCAUAUUCAAAUUAAUGUUUUUAAGCAGAAGAUUAUACAAUGGUAAUUUCUGUACAAUCUAUCCAAUUAAAUCAGUAUGGAAUAACUGAUCCUGUGUCACAUGAAGGUCCAACAAACAACGAUCUCAAGGCUUCCCGCGAACUUCUUAACCUCCUAAAAUCACAUAAUUUGUAUGAAACUGAAGAAGGUAAAAAAAGAAGAGAAGAUAUUCUGGAAUCACUUAACCGCCUCCUACAACAGUUUGUUAGAAGGCAAGCUAAAAUUACUAGAGGCCUAACAGACCAAGAAGCGAGUCAGGUUUCAGGUAAACUGUUGACUUUUGGAUCAUAUAGGCUGGGAAUUGUGGCUCCAGAUAGCGAUAUAGACGUUUUGUGUCUGUGCCCUAGAAGCGUAACGCGUGAAUCGUUCUUUUCUGAUUUUUACAAUACAUUAAAUAAAGUAGACGGUAUAUCUAAGUUGCAAGCUGUACCAGAUGCGUACACACCAGUAAUAAAGUUAUAUUUUUACGACAUUAGCAUCGACAUUCUGUUUGCCAACUUAGAUGCUCCAACUGUUAGUCCACAUAUAAACGUUUUGGAUGAUAACAUUUUACGUAACAUGAAUGACUCGACGGUUCGUAGCAUUAAUGGAUGUAGAGUAGCAAGUUAUAUACUCGACUCUGUACCAAACAAAAAUUACUUCAGAACGACACUCAGGUUCAUAAAACUCUGGGCCUCAAGACGUAAAAUAUAUUCAACAGUUGUAGGAUAUCUAGGUGGCGUGGCGUGGGCAAUUUUAACAGCAAGAGUCUGUCAAUUGUACCCCAACUGCGCUCCCAACCAACUCAUUGAAAAAUUUUUCAGGGUAUACUCAGUAUGGCAGUGGGAGUGCCCAGUGACCUUAUGUAAAAUAAAGGAGCCACCAAAUAUCCCAGGAUUAAUGUCCUUCAAAGUAUGGGAUCCAAGAGUUAACCCUCAGGACCGACAUCAUCUGAUGCCAAUAAUUACACCUGCCUUUCCCUCUAUGAAUUCCACUCAUAAUGUAACUGCAACAACAAAGAGAGUGAUAACAGAGGAGCUUAUGAGGGCUUUGGAAAUAUUUAAAACGUCAAAUCUUACAAACGUCGAAUUAUGGGAGAAGGUUCUUGAGGAGGAGGAUGUGUUUUCUAACUACAAGCACUUUCUAGUAAUAGAAGUCUACGGAUCUAAUGAACAUGUAGCCCAUAAUAAGUGGGAAGGGUGGAUUGGAAGUAGGAUGAGAUUCCUCAUAAGCAGAUUGGAGAACCUAGGAAACACAUAUAUAAGACCAAUUCCGGGAUUUUUCAAAUUUGAAGAUGAUAAUUGGGAUUACGCAUCUUCUGCUUUCUUCGCCUUCAAGGUCAUAUCGGGUGUGGUAGAAACCUCAAAAACUCUCGAUAUACGCUCGUCUGUGCAAUCGUUUAAAGAUAUUAUAAAUAAUUGGAGUGAUAUGGAAAAGUACAGGGAUCAAAUCAGUUUUAAUAUCAAACACCUCAAAAAUAACCAACUCCCCGACUAUGUUUUAUCAAACAAAUCUAAAAAGAGGCCAAUAAAUGAAAUAUCAUAGAAAUUUAUUAAAUUAUAAUCUGUAAUAUUUUUGUUUUUUCAUUCAUUGGUUUUUGUAACCUUAUUUUUCAAUUCUUUACCACAUCAAAGGAUAAUUUGGUAAAUAUCUUACUAAAUCAAGCAAAUCAAUCAAAAUUCUUGUUUUUUAUAAUCUAAUAUGUUAAUAUAAUUA